GUCAUCCGCAGCAGUCAUGGAGCUUCUGGGAGGAUCCGCGCUGGGGAGGCGAGCCAGGGCGAGGUCCUUCGCCGAGAAGAACAAAUCGUGCUAACCUUGAAGUGGCGGGUCCGGGGCGCUGCAGGGCGAGAGAUGGUCAUCCUGCAGCUUCGGUCAUGAUAUGAGGGGCUGAGUGCUUAACUUGGCCUUUUCCAAUAUAGUUCUGAAUCACAAAACAAAAUGGCUGCCAUUACUCCACAUCUCUCUAUGCAUAUCUUUGCUAAAUCUCAGCCUUGCAUUAUGUUGCCAGCCCUUUCAUCUUCUUGGAAUCAAAGAAAGAACAACUUUUUACAGCAUUUCAGAUAUACAACUGAUGUAAUUUCAGAGGAGAACAAGAUAACUGUAAAAAGUCUCUCUGAGUUAUCUGUGGAUGUCAGGAAGAUCCGUAGGCUGAAGCCAUGGGUGCUCUCAAAAGAGAUGACGUAUGUCAAAGAAACAGCCAAGAUUUUGCAAGAAAUGGGAGCUGAUGGGAGUUCUGUGGCAUAUAUUUUUGAACACUGUCCUGAGGCAAUUCUUUGUAGUCCUACAGAUAUCAGGUAUCAGUGGGACUUGUGGUUAUCGGUUUGUCAAAAUGAGAAACAGUUAGUAGAAUUAAUAAAACGGUUCCCAGACUCUUUUUUUACAUUUGAACACUACAACAAUCAGAAAGCCAAUAUUAGAUUCUUUAAAGAUCUGGGACUGAAGAAUACAAUUAUCAGCAGGUUCCUAACGAGUGCAUCAAGUAUUUUUUACAGUCCUGUUGCAAAGAACAAGCAUAUGAUAGAAAUCCUGCAAACUAACUAUAUAGAACUAGGUGGUUCACCAGAGAAUAUGAAAAACUGGCUACUAAAAUUGCUAAGUCAAAAUCCAUUUAUUUUGUUAAGCACACCUGGCACUUUUCAAGAGAACCUGGGAUUUCUUAAGAAGAAAUUUACUGAUUCUGAAGUUUUAAGUCUGCUCUCAAAGCUCAAAGGAUUUAUUUUUCAACUCAACCCUAGCAAGAUGCAAAACAGCCUGUCAUUCUCAAGGAAUAUCUUCAAGUGUAGUGAUCAAGAAUUGAAAGAGCUAAUAAUAAGAUGCCCUGCCCUUCUCUACUAUGCAGCUCCAGUUCUGGAAGAAAGAUUAGAACAACUAUUUAAACUGGGAAUUUCUGUAGACCAAAUAAAAGAGACACCUGCAGUGUUAGAACUCUCAACUGAAAUCGUGCAAUACAGAUGCAAAAAAUUGGAUGCUAUUGGAUACAGUCUAAAAGAUGGAACUCUAGAAUAUUUGAAUGGGACAAAAAAAGAUUUUGAAGCUACUUACGGGAAAUUGCAAGCAAAAAGGGAGAGACCAAUAUUUAAUCCAGUUGCUCCUUUGAAUAUUGAUGAAUAAUUUCCGGACCAUGCUUAAACAAUGCUCUAGGGAAGUCAGGGAAGAGAGGGGAAAGGUAUUCUCCAUUCACAGCAGAAGUAAGUUGGACCUAACUGGUACUCAAAGUGCAUUUUUAUGCAGGGCUUGUUUGCUUGCUUGAUUGGACACCAGCUUUUGAUGAACUCUUAAAGAUGUUGGCAUUAGCAACAUUGCUAAUACCAGCUGUAUUGUAUCAACAAACAGAAAAUAAAGCAGUUGAAUUUCA